AUGGCUUCAGAGAAAUCUAGCUCCAAGGGUCAAGCAUGGUUUUGUACUACGGGUUUACCUAGUGAUAUUGAAAUCGAAGUUGAUGACAUGACAUUUCAUCUCCAUAAGUUUCCUCUCAUGUCCAAGAGUAGGAAACUUCAUAGAUUGAUUACAGAGCAAGAGACAAGAUCAUUCUCUACUCCAAAUCCUCAAACCUCUAUGGCACUAACUGUAGAAGAGAGUGACAUGAAAGGAAAAUCCCAUGAAAUCGAGAAUGAUGAAGAAGACAACAAGGAAGAGCAGGAGAUUGAAGAAAAUGGUUAUCCUCACAUAAAACUGUUGGAUUUUCCAGGGAGUUCAGAGAGCUUCGAGAUGGUUGCAAAGUUCUGCUAUGGCGUCAAGAUCGACCUCUCUGCUUCCACUGUUGUUCCUCUCCGUUGCGCCGCCGAGAAUCUCGAAAUGACGGAGGAGUAUUCGCCGGAUAAUCUAAUCUCGAAAACGGAGAGGUUUCUCUCACAUUCCGUCUACAAAAGCUUACGAGAAUCCAUUAAAGCUCUAAAAGCUUGUGAAUCAGUCUCUUCUUUAUCUGAAUCGCUUGGUAUAACAGAACAAUGCAUAGACUCUAUCGUCUCCAGAGCUUCCACAACCGAUCCAUCACUCUUCGGUUGGCCGGUAAACGACGGCGGAGGAGGAGUAGCCGGAGAAAUCUCAGUCACCGAUCUCCGGAGAAAGAAACCGAAUAGGGAUUCGUUAUGGUUUGAAGAUAUGGCCACUCUGAGCUUACCAAUCUUCAAAACUCUGAUCGUAUCAAUGAGAUCUAAAGAUCUGAGCCCAGAAAUCAUCGAGAGUUGCGUAAUCUGUUACGCUAAAAAGCACAUUCCCGGAAUUUCCAGAUCUAAUCGGAAACCACCAUCGUCGUCAUCUUCGGAGAACGAACAGAGAGAAUUACUGGAGACGAUAACCUCAAAUCUUCCAUUAGAGAAAACCUCAAUCUCCGAAACAACGAGAUUCCUCUUCGGUUUGUUACGAACAUCAAUCAUCCUCAACGCUUCCGAGACUUGCCGUGAUCUUCUCGAGAAGAAGAUCGGAUCUCAGCUAGAGCAAGCCACGCUCGACGAUUUGCUCGUCCCUAGUUACUCCUACCUCAACGAGACUCUAUACGAUGUUGAUUUGGUAGAGAGAAUCUUAAGCCACUUUCUCGAUACACUGGAACAAGCAAACAACACCGCCGUGAUCGAAUCCGACGGUCGAUCUCCGUCGUUGAUGCUCGUCGGAAAACUAAUCGACGGAUUUUUAGCAGAGAUCGCAUCGGACGCUAAUCUCAAAUCGGGGGAAUUCUACAAUCUAGCGAUUUCAUUACCUGAUCAAGCUCGACUCUACGAUGAUGGACUGUACAGAGCCGUUGAUGUAUAUCUCAAGGCGCAUCCAUGGGUAUCGGAAGCAGAGAGGGAGAAGAUAUGUGGAGUGAUGGAUUGUCAAAAGCUGACACUCGAAGCUUGUACACACGCAGCGCAAAACGAGCGGCUUCCACUACGAGCAGUAGUACAAGUCCUCUUCUUUGAACAGUUACAGCUUCGGCACGCGAUCGCCGGGACGCUACUCGCGGCUCAAUCGCCGUCUACGGAGGGGAGGCCGUCAGUGACAACUGCAAGAAGGGACGUAACGAUAACGGAAGAGGACUGUGAUGAUGAAAGAAGAGGAGGAGAAGGAGAAGUGGACGUUGGGAAAUGGAAGAAGACUGUGAGAGAGAAUCAGGUGCUUCGUUUGGAUAUGGAUACGAUGAGGACUCGUGUUCACAAAUUAGAGAGAGAGUGCUCGAACAUGAAGAAAGUGAUUGCGAAAAUCGACAAAGAAGGUUCACCGGCGGCGACGACUGAUCGGCCGAGAAGCUGGUCGAUUACGAAGAAAUUCGGAUGUAAAUUCAAGACACAAGUCUGCGAUUCGCACGAGGCAACAAUGGUUGAUCAUAGAUCACGACGGUCUUGA